AAUAAUUGAUAUCCGCCCACGAAGAAGACGAAGGACUCUAAAAUGUUGUCAUGUGUAGAGAGAAGCAAAGCCGCCACUUAAAAUGUGAUUCUGCUUAACAGUAAAGCAUUCCAUUAACUCUUACUGAUUAGAUUAUUAAAAGUUUUUACUCUGGACUUUAACCUUGAGCUCGCGCUGUUUGUAGAUUAAUGUAGAUAGCUGUCAAUAGCUAAUAGUGAUGUCCUCAUCGUGGACGGAGCGACAGGGACAGGUUGGAGACCUGAGAAACCAGAGCAAAGAGGAGCUACAAGAGCUGCUACUCCGGCAGGAAAAGAUACUUUCUAACAAGAGGUUAUUAGGCACUCUUCCUGACAAAGGGAGAAAAAUACAAGACUUUGCAGAUAAAGUACGUCUUGCCAUUGAUCAACACAGUGAAGAGGAAAAGAGGCAGAGUUUGUUGUCUGCUGCCAGGACAGAGUUGCAGUCCAAGUAUCAGCAGGCUUUCCAGCAACAUGCUGUUUCUACCACACCAGCAUCUUCACACCGAAAGGGGGAAAAGGAAGAUGCUGUAGGCGAUGCUGUACAGGAAAGGGAUACAUCACCUGUGUCAUCACAUGUGCAGGAAGUGGCCACUUUGGGCAAGCAACAGGACCAGCUUCCCUCCAGAGUGGCUGCUGUUGAAACCAUGGAGAUGGAUGCGGCUGGCAGCUUUCUGAACUCUGAUGAGACAAAAGAGGGUGAGCUUGUGGAAGCCAUGAACACGGUCACGAUGUCUGAAACUAGUACUGGUGAAUCCAAAGGCCAGUUAAAAUGCAGAGCAGAAGAGAAUUACUUUCUUGGAACGCAGCCACCAAAAAAGCCCCACUAUAUGUCUGUCCUUGAAAAAACAGAGACAUCCUCAACUCCCAGGAAGCAGAAAUUUAAACCAAAUCUGCUCCCCCAUAGACACAAUGUUUCCCCAUCAGGAUCCUCAUCACCUGAUAACACUUCCAGAGGCGCAUCACCACUCUCUGCACAGGCCAGAAGGGAACAGGAAAGAAAACACCUGGAUGACAUCACUGCAGCAAAACUCCCUCCACUCCACCACAAUCCAGCACAACUUCUUUCUCUGGAAGAGUCAGCAAGUCUCUUGAGGAAACAAACCAAGAAGCAUCAGGAGUUGCAGGCCAAGCUGGCAGCCCAGAAACUGUCUGAGGGACUGAAGAUCUCUAUGGGCAACUAUACUCCUGAUGGUGGCCCCAUGGCUGCCUACAGAGAGGUUCAUGAUGGAGCCCAGCUCUCCUCAGAGGAGGACUGAUCCUGGAGGGCCAGUUUGGGAAACAAUGUUUGGACCUUGUGAUCCUGGCCCAUCAAACAAGAUUUUCCCUCCAAAAGCAAGAACUCUUAAAGAGAAGAAACUUGUCUUUGCAUGGUGUGAAGGAAUAGUUAUCUCAGAUUCAGCUCAGGGAAAUGAAUUUCAGGUUGAGAAACCAGCUUACUUAAUUAUCAUUCAGAUCAUACUUGUAUCAGUUGUUUCAAAGUCCUGCUGGUGUAAUAACACCUUCUCACUUUUAUGUAUUGAUCAAUGAUAUGCACUUAAAGCUCAUCAGCAGAGCGUGACUGUUCAGAGCAUGACCCAGAAAACAGGCACGAGUCUUCAGAUAUUUUAUAUCCAAAUGUUACAAAAUACGAAAAAGAAAUGGAAUAAAAACAUUUGAUUU